CAAUUGAAAGCAAAGAUUUGUGAGCUGUCUUUAGUUUCCCACGUAGAUAAAGUUCUAAAUGUAAAAGAUAGUGGAUUAAAUAUAACCGAAUCCCUUCAGCUUGAUCCUGCCGUACACUUAAAAGAGACCAUAUCAAGUGAUAAUUCUGAUGCAGGAUGUCAGAGGAAAUCCUUAUUAUCUCCUAGCAUUUCCAGUGUUGUUAAUUCAACAGAGCAUCCUUCCUUUACAGUCUCUUUUAAAUUGAUGGAGGACAAAGAUUUAUCCUGUAUAGGAAAUGAAACUGACUGUUCUCCAUUAAAAAAUGAACAAACAAUUCCAUGCAGUAGUAAUAUUGUGGAGAUUUCAGCCACCAAAGAAAGCAGCUUGUUUUUAACGGACAACAUUGAAAGAGUAGAACCUGGUUCAGAUGGAAAUGGACCAGAAUCCUUUACUUGUUCACAGGAUGUUUCUCAAAAACAGAAAGCAUGUAUUCAUGAGAACAUUUUGGAAUUUCAAAGCCAUUCAGGCUCUCAAACCAUUGAAAUAAACACUGUAAACAAGACAGAUGCAAAGACUGAGAGUCAUAUGUCUGAUAAUAUUGCUCAUGGAGCAAAUGACUGUCAAAUCCAAAGCAGAAAUAAGACUAGUGAGAUAUUAAUUAUGAAUGCCUCACCCAUAAACCCAAGGAAUUCGGUUGAAUCAGAUGACAAGAGUGACAAUAGUGAUAAUGAAGUUGCUGUUCCAGAGAGCAAUAAUAGUGAACAGUUAUUUUGUGGCAAGUUCGUCAAAUCUAGUGAACACAUACAUGGUCCUAUGGAAGAAAUGCUAAGUGAAGGUCCUUCUCGAGAAGUUGUAGAGUUACCUCAAAAUAUGUUAGCUGAACGUAACCCUUCUUCCGGUGAGUUAAAAAGUGGAACCAAAGACCUAGAGACUGCUUCUCUUGAUGCUUCACAUCAACUUCCAUGCCCUGUGUCUGCUAUCUCCUCCUUUUGGAAUGAAAUGGAGAAACUAACCAUCAGUGAUGUAUUGCGUCUGCGGUUGAUCAGUAAUGCCCAUCACCUCAGCAUUUUGAACCAGGCAGAGGAUGGUAGCAUACUGGACAUUACAGAUGCUGCAGACUCAGGCUACUUUACACAACUUAAUGACUCUAAGUCCGACCGCUUAACUGGAGACAUAUCCUACAUAUCUGAUCUGGAUGAAGACCCUGCACAACUUCAAACCCCAUUUCCUUCCAAGCAAGAGGAUGAAUCAACUGAGUUUCCUAGCUCUUGUGGGGUGAUGUGGGAGAAUGAUCCAGAUCCAGUGGUGGUGGAUGACGGAAUGGUGCACAUAAGUGCUGAAACAACUCUUCCUCAACAUCCCUACAUGGCUAAUGCUCAACACUGCUUCAGAAGAAUGAGUAAGAACAUGUCUGUGCAGAACCUGCAAAUUCUAGACACUCAACCAAUCAGGCAAAUCCUGAGGAAUGCCUCAAUGCAUUCAAUCCAUUCAGAGGUAGAAGAUGAUUUUAUGGAUCCUUUCUACCAUGUGAACACUUCAGGUUCAAAGAUCUUUUCUGAUGACGAAGAAGAAAUAGAGAGCAGUGGUAUAACUUUUUCUGAAAUAAUCCAGUAUUUCUUUGGUGAGGAUGAACCUGAAAAAUGUGUGCCUCGUGCAGACAACAUAGCUGCUUCAUACCUUGGUGAAACAGGCACCUCUUUGCCUGAGACGUAUGACCAUUUCUUCUCCGAGUUUGAUGCUGGGAGUUUUGUUUUUCCAAUUGUGGAAGAGUCAGGUGGUGAUAAAUUAGUUCCCAUACUUUCCUGCUCCCACUCAGCUAACAGAAUCCUUCAUUUCCCAGAGGCAUAUGACUAUUUCUUCCCCGAUUCCCCUGGGAAUUCAGAUGAAGAUGAUGACAGUGACAAUGCAGCAAUCAAGGUAGUGACACGGAAUGACUAUAAGCCUCCCAACCAUGAUCCUGUUGACAAGUACGAGCACUUCUUUUCUGAAGAUGAGAGCGACUUCUUCUGGACAAACCCUCUGUCUCUUAGAAAAGUUUGUCGCACAGGUUUUACCAUGCCUGAAGAGGAGACAUGUUCUGGGGAGCUUGUCUCUGUGGAGACAUUUCCCAAAGGAAUCAUUCAACCUAUUAAUGCUAUGAGCCCUGAUGGGAACCCUUUCCCAGAUACUUUGCUUCUCAACCUGGAGAACCGCGUCUUUCAGCAGCUGGCUGAACAACAGAAGAAGUGUAUGGAGAUGCAAACAGUUGUUGCUGAUCCAAGGCUGGAUGCUCCAUUCUUGCCUCUUAAACAGGCAGACAUGUGCUUGGUUUGUAUUGCUGUUGCCUCGUGGGUGCUGAAAUCAACUGGUUCAGGAGCAGACACCUGGAAAGCUGCUCUUCUCGCAAACGUCAGUGCACUCUCUGCCAUACGAUAUCUGCGCAGACACAAGAGGGAGGAGGUCUCUGGAAAAACUCCUUUGCGUCAGAUAGCGCCAGCAUAACUCCAUAGCACCGCCACGGCCCCCAGAUCUGAUUUCAGUCACACUGCCAUGAUACUAAUCCAAAAGGGUGAUGGUGAAUGUCAAACAUGUGCAUGCAUGACUUUUUCCAUCUUUCUCAGUACAUAUUAUUAUGAUUAACACUCUGAUGUGUGUUUAUUGCUGAUGAACCAGAUUUAAAAAAGCAAUGUAGUUUGAUUAUGAAAUGACCAAAGCUUUAUCUGAUUCUGAGAUGAGUGGAUUCACUGUUCACAUCGAAUUCUGUUGUGGAUUGUGAUGAGGGCAGCAGUAUGUAAUAUUUGAUAAUGAGAUGAUUAUGGAGGUGUUAUGAUGAAGAUAGACAUGUGUGUCUCAAUAAGUGUACCUGUGGAGAGAUUCAAACGGAAGAACUAAGAAUAUGUACAAAUAGGCGGUUUGUUGUAAUACUAUUGGGAUAUUUUUACUGGGCCAAAUUAUUUUGGUGUAUUUAUAGAUCAUCUAAGUAUAAAAUCAGAUACCCAUGUGAUGAUGCCUCUUCGGAUCUGAAAACAGUGUUUAAAUUUCUUUAAAUUUCAGUCAUAUGGUGAUCCCAGUUUAAAAUAUAACUUAGGAUAAAUAUAUCUGAUUUAAUUUAAUUAAAAUGAUGGAACUGGUGUUUUAUUUGUCAAUAUACCUGUAUGUCAAUAGUAAUGCUUAUUUUGGCCACUAGAGGGGACUAAACAGCCAAUUGUAUUAUGAUUGUGCCAGUCUACGGUAAGAAACCUAAACCACAGAGACAUGUAACGAGUUCUUCUAAAUGUUACCAGCAGAUGGCAACAGAAGACAGCGGUUAAAGUCACAGUAAAGAAGGCGCGGGAAGAUCCCUGACGUUCAUAAUUCAAAUGCAUAAUUUCCAACACAUUGUUGAAUGUUCCCUUUCCCAACGUUUGUAUAGCAUUUGUCACCGUUCAGCUGUACUAAAUUGAAUGUAGGGUAAGAUGACCCAACUUUUUCUCUUGACCAUAGAUGGCAAAAAAUGCACUAAUGCAUGACUACGAUAUUUUUCUAAUUUUGUGUCUUUGGAAAAUAGUGAUUUCUGAUAAGGGAUCU